AGGCGCACAAGCUUUGUCCUUUACAGGCCACUGUACGGGUUCUCAUCCGGUUCGCUGUGAUGGAAAGAGCCGGGAGUUCCUCAGAGUCUCUUCGCUAUGCUGAGUACGCAGCUAGAAACAGCGGAGGCAGCAACGGGCCGGAUAUAAACAAGGGGCUGGCCAGAUCUAUCAUAGCUGUUGGUCUUGGUGUUGCAGCUGUUGCGUUUGCAGGUCGCUAUGCAUUCCACCUCUGGAAACCACUAGAACAAGUCAUCACAGAAACAGCAAGAAAAAUUUCAGCUGCUAAUCUUUCUUCCUAUUAUAAAGGCGGAUUUGAACAGAAAAUGAAUCGGCGAGAAGCUAGUCUUAUUUUAGGCGUAAGUCCAUCCGCUAGUAAAACCAAGAUUAGAACUGCCCACAGACAAAUCAUGAUUUUGAAUCACCCUGAUAAAGGUGGCUCUCCGUACUUAGCAACAAAAAUCAAUGAAGCAAAAGAUUUGUUGGAAUCAAGCUGUAAACAUUAAGACCCCAGGAUUUCUGUUUUGAGAAACUUUUUAUUAUGCCUAGGGAACCUCAAAUAGGCUAUUCAACAACUUCCCAUGUAGCUGCUUUCCAUUCUGUAUUAAAUGGUGCUAGAACUAGUCUUCAGCUGCAGUAUCAUUAAUAGAGUUUUAAGAAUAUUUGAAGAUGCAAUUUGAAGUAUUUAAUAAUAAAAGUCAAUUUUGCAUUAAAAACCUCA